CCCCAUUCAGAGAUACUGGCAGAAGUUGGGAACUCGCUCCUCUUCUCCUUCUCCUUCAAACGAUGGCUCCGCUAGCUCACACGGGUUAGACGUUCAUGAGUCUAGCGAUGGAGCCAAAGAAAAUGAGAAAUGCCGAAAAAUGUCUGAUUACCGGGUUCAGCUUGAACAGGAUGUUAAGACACUGCAAAGGCAACUGAAGGGAGAAAUAGAUUUGCAUAUUGCCCUUGAAAGUGCAGUAGGACAUGAUAGUGUGCCUCUCUCCACUUUGGCCUGCCAACUUCCGGACGAGGUUCGAGAGCUGUUCGUUAACAUUGCCAUGCUGGAGCAUGCAGUUUCGAAGCUCGAAGAAGAGAUGGGUGCCUUGCAAUUACAACUCAUUCAGGAAAGGAACGAGCGCCGCCUUGCUGAGUAUCACUUGAGACGGUUACCUUCCUCAUCACGGCUUCCACACUCCCCAGUUAAUUGGAAAACCUCGCAAUUAUCUCCCUCAAGAAUUUCAAGGAGUAAUACCUCUCAGCUGCAUUGUUCAUCGGAACCUGAUCUACAAUAUAAUUAUGGAGAUCCACAUGUCACUGCAGAACCAGAUUUAUGCUCAUUGGAGAAGCAGAAUCCAGUACCAUGCACUACUGAAAAUCAAGGCAGGAAGGGUGGUGUUUCGCUAAUGGGGAAACCAGAAAAGGAUGUGAUUGUGGUACACCUUUGGCAUUACCCAAAUCACCUUUCAGAAGAAAUGGUGCAGUGUAUGAAAGAUAUCUUCAUCUGUCUAGCUGAUUCUUCCAAGUCAUCUUCUUCAGAAACUAUGGCCUCCCCAGUGUCUCCACAUGGACAUCCCUCUGUCUCUUCUUUUUCUUCUUCCUCUGGUUCUUCCUCAAAAAAGUCUUCCUUUGAUUCUUCUUCUUCAUAUAUACCAUCCUUGAUGAGAAGCCCAUCAGUUGAGAUAAAUUACAGUAGUGGAGUCUUUGGCAUGGAGAAGAGCUUUGAUCCGUAUAGAGUUCCUGAAAAGUUGAGUUGGGCACAUAUUGGAAACUAUAGCUCAGCUGUUGAGGUGUCUUGGAUGUCGGUGGGAAAGAAACAGCUUGAAUAUGCUGCUGAGGCACUUAGAAGAUUCAGAUCACUUGUGGAACAGCUGGCAAAAGUUAAUCCAGCUUGCAUGACUUGCAACGAGAAAGUUGCUUUCUGGAUCAAUGUGUAUAAUGCCUUAAUUAUGCAUGCUUAUCUCGCUUAUGGAGUCCCAAGAAGUGACUUGAAGCUUCUGUCUUUAAUGCAAAAGGCAUCUUACACUGUUGGGGGGCAUUCUUUCAGUGCAGCUGCUAUUGAAUAUAUUAUUCUCAAGAUGCAACCUCCAGUGCACCGUCCCCAAGUGGCACUGGUUUUGGCACUUCACAAGUCGAAGAUACCAGAGGAGCAAAGCAAGUAUGCUGUUGAAAGUGCAGAACCCCUUGUUGCAUUUGCUCUUAGUUGUGGGAUGUAUUCUUCACCUGCAGUAAGGAUAUUUACAGCUGAUAAUGUGAGAGAGGAAUUGAAAAACUCCCUAAAAGACUAUGUUCAGGCAUCAGUGGGCAUAAAUAACAAAGGGAAGCUCCUUGUACCCAAGAUGCUGCAUUCUUUUGCCAAAACCAUAGUGGAAGAGGCCUUACUUUCAGAGUGGAUCUGCCAAUUCCUUCCCUCUCAUCAGGCAGCUGUCAUUCAGGACUGCAUCCGCCAACGCAGGCAAAGGUUCCUAGGGAGCCGGAAUUGUUAUGCCAUUCUACCCUUCGAUUCAAGAUUCCGGUACCUUUUCUUGCCAGAAUCCAGAAACUCACAGAGCCCCCACUAGAAGAAUGAUAUACUCAUUUUCGAUUAUGUUAUUGUUUCAUUGGUAUUGAGGCCUAUUUCGUUCUAGUUUGGCCUAUGACUUAUGCUAUGAAACCCAUUCUGACAACUUGGGUGGUGGUAUUCCGGCAACUCGAGAGUGGUAUUCCAGCAACUGGGGUGUUAUUAUGGUAAUUUGGGUGGUUUUCUGGCGACUUGAUGAUGGUAUUCCUGCAACUUGGGUAAUCCGAUUCUAAUGAAUGGUCUUUGUAGUUAUUGUGUAACAUGAGAAGGGUAAAAGGCGGAUUUGGUGCUGCGAUAGGUAGUGUACAUAGAUCAAGGAAUGAGGGGGAUCAUCUUCUUUUCUUGGAUUUGGGGUCCUGUAAAAUGAGUUAAACUAUGUUUAUGGGGAUGACUGUAUUCAUUGUGAGUCUGGGGAAAUAAGGAAUUGGUUGAUUGUUAUUUCCUGAAAAAUUGAAGUUCUUUCUCAUGCAGCUGGCGUCUGGUCAAUAAUAGCCCCCGUGCAUUGAAACAUGGAGUUUUUUGUUCUCA